UCUCAUCAUUGAUGUUUCUAUCUCUUCCUCUCCCUUCCUCUCUGAAAUCAAUAAAAAUAUUUUAAAAAUAUAUAUAUAUGGCCACCCUGCCUCGUGGCCCCUGUGCGUCACGGUACUGCUGUGUGUUUAAAUAUUCCUGCGUCCCCGUCCUCAGUUAUUUGGGGCGGUUCUCAGUUAUUUGGGGCGCACGCACUUGGCCGCGGGAUUGCCCGGCCGCGGGGUGGUUUCUGAAUGAACGACUCGGGGAAUUGCCAGGUUCCCCCAGGGCCAGCCGCGCGGUCUCUGCGCCCCUCACGUGGGGCCCGGCAGCUGGAGCAGCCACGGGCGGAUGGGGAAGUGGCCUCUCUCUCUCUCUCUGUCUCGGAGAGGAGCCGCUCUGAACUUUCCCUUUCGCCCCCGCCUCUGCGCGGAAGGGCCAGGAGGAAGGAGCCGGUGAUGCCGCAGAAAUUCCACGGCCCUGAUGUCACCCGCGGGGCGGCCCAGCGGCCCCCGCGCGCGCGCCCUGCUCUUCUCCUUGCGCCCUGCGCUCCGGCCCCAGAUCGCCGCCGUCGCUUCCCCGGGAAGGAGCCCGGGCGUGGCCGUCGAGGGAGGAUGAGCGACUGCGAGUUCGGCUACGUCCAGGCGCUGGCCCGGGACUACCUGUGCCACGUGCUGCAGCGGCCGCCGCCCCGGCCCGGCCCGGACAGGGUGUCCCGGCUGCUGCGGGCCGUGGCGUCGGCGGUGCAGAGGGACGCGGAGCGGACGCUGCGGCCGAGCCUGGACGACCUGGACGUGGCGUCCGUGGAGGCGGCCCGGGCCGUGUUCCAGGCCGUGGUGCGCCAGGAGUUCGCGGACGGCGUGGUCAACUGGGGCCGCCUCGUGACCGUGUUCGCCCUGCAGGGCAUCCUCGCCAAGAAGCUGCUCCGCGCGCGCGUCGCCCUGGACCCGGAUCUGGACCGGGACCGGGACCUGGACGCGGACACGACCGAGGAGAUCGCGUGCUUCGUGGCCGAGUUCAUCACCUCGCAGGCGGGGGGCUGGAUCCGGCAGAACGGAGGCUGGGAACACGGCUUCGUGCAGAAGUUCGAGCCCCGGCCGGGCUGGCUGGCCUUCCUGGGGGCGGCGGGCCAGGUCCUACUGUGCGCCCUGAGGCAGCUCCCCUGACCGCAGGGACCCCGGGGGUUGGGAAACCUGGACUCUUGCGGGAGGGAUUGCCCACACCCACUUCUCCGCCUUUUGCACAAACAACACUCGUGGGGCAACCGGACGGUUCCGGGGCCGCGGACACUGUGCCCCCUUUUCCACAAAUAAAUCGAAUGUACGUGUCUCUC